UAGAUAUAUAUAUCACGAAGAACCGAUCGCUGUUUUUUAUUUCUCCGCGAUUCUUUUUCAGUCUGCGCCGCCGACACUGGUGUCAGUCUCCGUGCUAAUACGAAAUCUACAACCAUGGACUUUAGCAUAAGCGGUCGGCGGACUGGAAAAAGCGGCGUCGCGCAAUUGGGUGUCAAGAGCCGCGUGCCGGGUUUUCUCUCGGAUCGGGGCAGUUUUGAGGGGGACGCGAGAAGAUGGGCCGAGGGCGGAGGGAGGGAGGGGAGAAGGGGGCAAGAUAUGGAUUCUCUUUAUCAUCCGUAUAUAGGCGAGAAAGAAGAGACAGAGAUGGACGGAGGGAACUUGCAUCCAUUGCAGCAGGAACAAGGGGGUUCGGCCGGAUUUUUGACGCUGCCGACGGUGCUCACGCUUGGUAGAGUCGCCGCCGUCCCGCUUCUCGUAAGCACCUAUCACAUGAAUGGUUCAUGGGCUUCAACUUUAACUAGCAGCAUCUUUCUUGUCGCGGCACUUACAGACUGGCUGGAUGGUUAUCUGGCUCGUAAGAUGCGGCUAGGAACUAGGUUUGGUGCAUUUUUGGAUCCUGUAGCCGAUAAGCUUAUGGUUGCUGCCACUUUGGUAUUACUGUGUACGAGACCUUUAGAGGUGGCCAUCUUUGGAGAAGUUCCAUGGCUUUUGACAGUCCCUGCAAUUGCUAUUACUAGUAGAGAGAUAACAAUGUCUGCUGUCAGGGAAUGGGCUGCCUCACAGAGUAGCAAGCUUCUUGAGGCAGUUGCGGUCAAUAAUCUUGGAAAAUGGAAGACAGCAACUCAAAUGACAGCGCUAACAAUACUCCUCAUUAUCAGAGAUCCCAGCCUCACAGGGCCAGGCUUUCUAGUGUCUACAGGUGUGUUUCUCCUGUAUGUUUCUGCUGGUCUUGCUUUAUGGUCAUUAGCAGUGUACGUGGGGAAUGUAUGGAGCUUCUUGAUUAAGUAAUCGCGUUCGACGAUCAAAUCAAGAAAACAUAGGAAAUGGAUAAUCCUUUUUAGCUAACUUGUUCGGAAAGAUGGAAAUUAGCCUGUUACCUAUUUAACUGUAGGCAGGAAGAUAAUAGUGGAUAUUAUGGUGAAGAAACAACAUACUAAAUUUAGGAGUUGUGCUCAACAUUGAAGAAGUUUUAUUAUCCAAAAUUUUUAUGAUUGUAGCCUUUCUAUCUUCUUUAAAUAGGAGAUUUUAGGUCUCAAUACGUAGAAGAGUAGUUAUUUGGGGUUUAUAUGAAUUGUUAUAAAGGUGGCUGAUAUUGUGUCUUAAUUUCAUUGUUGACUUUAGAAUGGUACUUCUUUUAUACUUUAUUCA